UAACGAGUCAAGAGACAUGCUAGAAAACGCCAUAAUGCACUGAAACACGCCAGAACGGUUUCUGACAUAUUAGACACGCAGCACAACGAUGACGUUUACAGUUUAACAGACAGAGCUAGUUGCUCACAGAUACAAUAUAAGUGAUUUGAACUAUUUGGAAAUGGCACCCGUGAAUCCACAUUUAAAAGGAAAAGCUUCAUUCAAGGGGAAAAACACGAAGAUAAAUAAUGCAGAUCGCCAUCCGUCAGCGGCUCAUAAAAAGAAGAAAACAUGGAAUCCAGGGAAUAAGUUUUUUCAGGGAAGUUUACAAGAAGGGAAGGGCUUUGCCUUCCAGAGGAAGCAAAAAGUACAACAAGAAUACAAGAAAAUUCUGCGAAAGGAGAAAUGGAGACUGAAGGACUCCAAGCCGAAGCUAGAAGAGGAAUACCCAGAGCAUCUGAAGCACCUUUACUUGGCCGAACAGGAGAAACUGAUCAAAGAGGAGCAGCUGAACAGAGCUCGUAGGAGGAAAGGAAGAAAUGUUGAUGCAGAAGAAGAGGAGGAGGAGGAGUCUGUCCUUUCUAACUCGGUCACAAGCCCUGAGAACUCUGCUGCUUCAUUUAAUAAAGAACCACAGACAUCACUGAUUGAGAGUUCUGUUCAGGAUCAACUCAGGAAAAAUAAAUGGAAGAAAAUGUCUUCUAACCAGAAGAUGAUCGAGGAGUAUAAAAGGAAAAACGAGGAGCGAGAACGGAAAAGAGAGGAAUACUUGAAAGACAAAGCACAGAGGGAGGAGGCUCUGAAGAAGUACAAGGAAAAGAAAAUGGCCACAUAUCAGCUCCUGAAGAAGAAAACCAAAAAGGGUCAACCAAACCUAAAUCUGCAGAUGGAGCUGCUGCUUCAGAAAAUCCAGGCUCAGCGGAAAUAACCGGAACGCUUGCAAACUUAGAACUUUGGCAGACAUUAAAAGAGACCUGGAAAUGUGUUAAAAUUACACAGAAAAAAGAUAUGUGCAGCAUGUCUGGAUUACUCUAUCUGUGAUUCUUACUGUACAAAUCAGCAGAUGGUGGUGUCCUUUUUGUCUAUGAACUGCUUAAUGCAGUUGGGGUCAAAUAUGUAAUUGUUUGAUUUUUUAUUUCUUUAAUAAAUGUGCAGUUUAUUAUAAUUUUAUGAUGUCAUAUUUUAUGAAAAUGAAGCUACCUUGAUUUGGGACAAUGUGUGUGCUUUUUGUCUGUUUGGCAAUAAAACUACACUUACAACUACAAAACUACACAAAUUA